AUGAGUUGCUUGGUGUGCUCACUCGAACUAAGCAACCAAAAGGGACUAUUGGUAUAAUAGUGGGUCCCUCUAUGGAUAGUUUUACUCUUGGCACAAUAGAUGCGGUACUAGAGAUAGCAGAACCACCGGAACCAUCAGAACUAUUGGAACCAUUGGAACAACUACCUACGUAUCCCAUCAUUGUGACAGAUGUAGACCGAUUGCCCAAAUAUUUGAUCAAUGCGGUUCUUGAUAGAUCUAAAGUAUUAUUAUCUCGGGAUAUUUGA